AUGAACAUUCAGUCUGCUAUCAACAAAGAGGUCUUCAUCCCUCGUGAUGAGCGGAUGUUGGUGGCAGUGGAGGUGCGUAGGAGGAAAAGGAAGAGAAUGUCUUUCCUGCCUACUGGAGCCAAAGAAGACUACGCCACAUUCAUCUGUGUUUCAGUGACCAACACAAGACCACAUCAGCUCCUCAUUAUAAAGGUGAAGCAGUUUGGUGGCUCCUCCUCUUUCAUCAGAAGGUCCCAGUGGACGGUGGAGCAGCUCCGACAGGUCAACGGCAUUAACCCCAACAAGGACAGCCCAGAGUUUGACCUGGUGUUUGACAAUGCUGUGGACCAGUGGGUAGCCAGCUCAUCAGCAGAGAAGUGCAUUUUUGUCCAAAUCCUGUACCACGCCUGCCAGACCUACUGGGAGGGGAAAGCAGGAAAUCUGGACAAGAUGGGCCACCAGAGGAGAGCAAGUCAGUCCACUGCAGCCAGAACCCUGCAGGCCAGACGGAAGAGCUACAUUCUUCCAAGACAGACAGAGUUCAUCAACUGCCAAUCCAAACUCACAGGAGACGCCUGCACCAUGAAUCUGUUCAUCUACCGCUGCAAAGCAUACUUGAAUCGUAUGAAGAAUACAAUGGUUACACACCAAAGUCGAUCACCCACUCAAGGUCAGCCAGGGCAGGUCACAUGGAGAACUAUGGGUAAUGCAGUCCGCAGGGUGAAUGUGGUUCUGGGGCGGCGUGGACAGAGACUAACUCGUGCUGAGGACAAGACCGUGGAACUGAUGCACAAAGCCCAGCAGUUUGCAGACACUGCUCACAAGCUGGCCCUGAAGAGUUCAAAGUAG